UGAUUAGUUAUUUACUUCUUAUCUGCAAACAUAUAUUUCACAGGAACAAAGUUGCGUGUGUAACGUGUGUAAAGAGCCAUAUUUCGAUAUGUCCUAAGCUAGCGGCGUCCAUGUAUCCCUUCCUCAAUCCUCCGGUGGUGACACAUCUUCCGCCUGUUAGUGUCUCCGGCUGGGCUGAAGUUACCAUUAGCAACUGGGCAGCGCCCGGAUGAACACCGACCACCGCUGCUGAUGUUGGGCUGGUAAAUCCGGUGCAAUAAGCUCUCCCUGAUUUCCAGACGACAGUAAAGUCCUUUACAGACAAGUGGAUCAUUGGCAGUUGGGAUGUUAGUGAGGCUGGCCAUGGUUCAGACGUAAGGUUGCAGUGAGUGGCACUGCCAUGUUGCCAGGAGUCGGUGUAUUUGGCACGGGGAGCACAGCCCGAGUGCUGGUCCCGCUGCUGAAAGCUGAAGGCUUUGAGGUCCAUGCGCUCUGGGGGCGAAGUGAAGAGGAAGCGGGCUGCUUGGCAAAGGAGCUCGGCAUCCCAUUUCACACCAGCCGAUCUGAUGACGUCCUGCUGCACCAAGAUGUCGACCUUGUUUGCAUCUAUAUUCCACCCUCAAUGACGCGGCAGAUUGCUGUCAAAGCACUGGGUAUUGGUAAGAAUGUUGUGUGUGAGAAAGCUGCAACUGCCGUGGAUUCAUUCAAGAUGGUGACUGCAGCCAGGUAUUAUCCACAGCUGCUCAGCAUUAUGGGUAAUACCCUGCGCUUCCUGCCAGCUUUUGUCGCAAUGCGCCAGCUGCUGGUGGAAGGAUACGUUGGUGACGUGCAGGUGUGCGAUGUCCGUGUCUAUGGCCCUAGCCUCCUGGACCAGUCGUACGGCUGGACAUGUGAGGAGCUGAUGGGAGGAGGCGGUCUGCACACUGUCGGCUCUGCCAUCAUUGACCUUUUAAGUUACCUGACCGGGGCACGAGCCAAUCGAGUUCAUGGCUUACUGCGGACCUUUGUGCAACAAAACGGUUUGAUCCGAGGCAUUCGACGAGUCACCAGCGACGAUUUCUGUUUCUUCCAAAUGUUGAUGGGCGGACCUGGGUCUUGCUCUGGCGGGGUGUGCUGCACCGUGACCCUGAACUUCAACAUGCCGGGGUCGUUUGUGCACGAGGUUAUGGUAGUCGGAUCCACUGGGAGAUUGGUCGCCAGAGGGACGGAACUGUAUGGUCAACGCAACGGCAGUAAAGGUGAGGAGCUGUUGCUUGGGGACAGUGGGUGGGCCGGACCAGAGGUGAAAGAGAUGCCUCUGCCUCAUCUGCGGGGGCUGAGCUCCAUGGUAAAGGCGCUGAGACAGUCGUUUCAGGCUCACGAGGAGCGCAGGUCAUGGGCGCGCGGACCGGUUGCCAUGGCACCAACGUUUGAGGAUGGCUUGUAUGUGCAGACGGUGGUGGAGGCUGUGAAACGGUCCAGCUGCAGCGGAGAGUGGGAGUGCGUUGAGAUCAUGAGCCAAGAGCCAGAUCCGAACCACAACCUGUGUGAGGCUCUGCAGAGAAAUAAGAACUAAACAUAUAUUUAUACACCCAGUGCAACUACUACGUGUCUCUGACAAAACUGGGCUCCGAAUGUUUUUCCUUCAGUUCAGUUGCUUAAGCGAUUUACAUUACCCAUGACUACUUUCUGCAUUUUCGCUCUUUGUCACAUUUUGAGCAGAAUUGUGAACUGUGUUGUACCCUCACAGUCGUGACGUACACUAAAUCGGUGAUUCACAGCUCCAUUAUUCUGAUUCAUAAAACAGGUGAAUAUUUAGUUUGAGUGUGUCAAAAAAAAUGGACACAGUUCCUGUUUUCAUUGAAGCUUGAAGUCAUGGAGUCAUGACUCCGAAUUUCCUGCUAAAUAUGGUUUAAAUAUGUUUAAAUACAUAAAAUGGUUUAAAUAAGUUCCUGUCAAACACUGGCCGACGAGUCAAAAACAACCUUUCAGUCCAACUGUCACCUUUCUCUUUACUUGCAGUUUGUUUGAUCAUAUUUCUGUAUUUUAAAAAUGUACAGCAUGUCUUUACUGAUAUUUUAAGAUAGACCAAAUAAUCUUAUACCUCAUCCUCGCAAUUAGACAAGAGCACUGCUCUUCUUUAAGUUUUGCUAAAAGUCAAGACAUCAGAACAUCAGUGGCUGAAUUGUUUGCAGGAGUUGGAGGUUAGCUACCCUGAGAAAUAGCUGACAAGGCCUUAAAGCUAUAAAAUCAAGUUUCGGCACAAGCUUAUACACAAAGCUUUCUUCUAACAGCCUCAUGCUCAUUUGGAUUUUUAUUCUGUAUCAAUUAAUAAAUCAUCACUGGCAAAUAUUGGGGUUGUCUAAGCUGUGAAUUCAGUAAUUUGGCUCAGAUUAAAAGCUUAAGUGUGAAUGUUCAAGCCAACUGAGAAGAUAAUUGAAUCUGUAUUGUGGAUGUUGAUGUAUGAAUCAAACGUAAUGAUGUUAAUUUACUUCCAACUUCAACAGCAUCUGAUUCCAAACGGGAGUGUUUACCUCCGCCAUGAAUGUUAAUAAUACAGCAUGCGGAUGAUUUGACUAACAAAAUACUCUGUGUUUGCAGUGUAGUGACACUGACACAAUUCAGCUGGCGCUUCAUUGAUGGAGCUUGUGUAAAUUUUAGAAUAAGAAUAAUGGAGCUGUGCAGACUUUAGAUUUUUUUUUUUAAUUUUUGGAAUGUGUAAUAAGCGUAAACAUAUUUGAAAAAUGGCGAGAGGGGCUCGUAGGUUUUUAUGCCGCAGCACUGGAGACUGGAAGAGGAUAAUUACAGGAAGUAAAAUAUGUGAGAUACCAGGGAUUGUGUAAAAUAAGCUAUGUAGAAAAUCAAAUGAGAAAAAGUCAAAUUUGUAGCAUUGCCCUUCGAAAUGCCCGAUUCAUGAAGUGAUUCUUCAUCUUAAAUCUGUCACUGUAGUCUUGAAAAGAGGCUGUGAACAGUUUGUAGUUUCCUCCUUCACAGACAAAAGCAGCAGUGAGCUUGAACUGUGGAUUUUAAAAGUUUCAUCAUGGUGGGAAAAUUAAAACCUUCAUCUAUUCACCCACGUAUUUGUAAUUAUCCAGAACAGAUAAAAACACAGGAGGAUUUUAGUAGAUUCAGUGAUAUUUUAGAGUAACUUUGACGUUUUAGAAAAUAUUUCUUGGGACUAUUUGAUCCUUUUUUCUACUAUGAAAACUUCUCGACAUUGCAAUCUGUUAUCCAUUGAUGCUAACAAAUCAAAGAAGGAAACUACCAGCUCUCAACAGAAACCUUUCAAGCUUACAAAGAGUGAGCAUUUGAUACUCAAAAGAUAGAUUUUAAGUGGAGUUUUAAACCAAAUCUUAGACUAGCAGAAACAGGCUUGUCCUAAAAAAUGAUAGAUUAGUGAUUUGUGAAACUGUUAAAGUUUUAGACGCAGAAUCUGAGGGUAUUUGAAAACUAAAUGAGUUUAAAAUGUGUGUAAAAAGGUUUGUUUACAUUUGUUAACCUUUUGAAAUAAUUUUAGAUGUUUUACAAGAUUCUUUUCUGGCAAUCUGUGCAUUAAAAGCUGUUAUCAUGUUUAAAUCCAGAGAGUUGGGGCAGCUAUCAGCCCCUUUUACACUAUUCACCCUGAAACCUUACUGAUCUUUUCAUUGAGUAAAACCACUGGAUUUGAUGUGCGUGAGUGUAUAAAUGUGUGGCUCAGACCAAGAGAUAGGAAAAGGUUUCUUUAACAAUUUAAGGUUGUAGUCGCUCACUGCAUCUCAGUUUUGCUGAAUAUCCUGAACAUUAUCGGCCCUGCAGGUGUUGAAGACAGUAGCAGAUUAUUUUAGUGUAGAUCUUAUAGACUCACUCAGGAUCUGCAGAUACAUACACGUUGCACGCUUACCUCACGCUAUCCCAACAGUGCUUUACAAAAAAAUCAAGUUUACAUUAAGUGUCUUCAUAAUAACACAUCACAUUUGCCUGCAUAAAGUUCCUGACCCACCACUAUUAAAAUACAUUCCAGCCGAGUUAUCAAGUUCUUAUUUACAGUCGUUUUGGUUUGUGGGGUUUUUGCACUGAUAAACUGAUAAUAUGCCACAUUAUUUAAACCGCAGUGCAAUUCUUGUUCCAGCUAGCUCACUGCAAAAAUGAAUUUAACAUUUGUCUAUGUAAGGAAGACGUUUUGUAUUUAUUUAUGUUUCGGUGUGGAGAAAUGCUUCCCGAUGUUUAUUCUGUUCAGUGUUUGUGUUUUCAGCCUGUGAAUUUCUGUUAAAGCUGUAAUAUUUAUCUUGUUUAGAUUUAGUGUUGUUUUAAAUGAUAACAUGGCUUUUUUUUUUUUUUUUUUUGCACAAUGUGUUGCAUUUAAUUUGGGAAACUGUACUGUUCAUCUGACUGACAGAUAUUUCCUUUAAUAAAUACGGUUGUAUUCAUUCAUC